AUGCCUCUAAAACAUCUAUCUGAUGAACAAAUGCGACGUAUUUUGGAAGAUAGUGAUGGCGAAGACGAAUUCUCGCGCCAACUAGAAGAUUUGGACUCACACGAUGAAUACGAUUUACAAUCAGGUCGUUCCAGUCAUUACAGUUUACAUGAUUCAAACAAAACAUAUUUGCCUGAAGAUUUGAAUGUAAAAAAAUGCAUGCAAUGUUCCUUCAAGAUAAUCAAGGUGUAUCUGUAUAUUAUUACAAUGGAGCCAGAUGUACAAAUUCCUUCAACGUCCAGUACACCGAUGGAGACUGAUGAUAUCGUGCCACCAACGUCUGCCAUACCUUUCGCUGUGCCACACACACCCCAUAACGCCAAAGCGCAACGACAAAGUAUGUAUAGAAAACGUAAGGCCGCGGAAAGAACUCCUGCAGAGGCAGCAGAUUUUGCAAAAGCAGCCGCCGAAAGACAACGUAGAUGCAAGCAACGUAGACUCGCCAACUCAGCUCUUGACACCGGCACACUAGAGUCAGCCACAGUGUCUGCUCCUGUGGUAGUGGAAAGAACAGUUACUGCCCAGACCAGCGCUCAGCGACAACGUGCUUACAGACAGCGUAGAGCUGCUCAAAUUGUUUCACAAAUAAGUACUCCACCGACUCACACAGCAGUGCAACCGGAACAAUCAACCUGGAAUAUCAAAUGGUCGUCGUCAAUAAAGAGGUUUAAAACUACAUUUCUGGACAACGAAUUUGGCCACGCUUGCUCUGUUUGCGACCGAUUGUGGUUCAAGAAUGACCUUAAAAUCAUCACUGCUGCACAACUACAGGUCAUAUCGGAUUGGUUCGUUAAGGAAAAUAGGCAACUACGCGAGGAGGAUUAUACGCAUAUUUGCAACACCUGUAGAUUUUCGCUGAACAAACAUAAGCUUCCUACCCUUGCAAAAGUGAAUGGCUUCUCAUAUCCAGAAAUACCUCCUGGCUUACCGCCACUGGAUCCAAUUAGUGAACGAUUAAUCUCACCACGUCUGCCAUUCAUGCAAGUGCGUCGUCUGCGGCAUGACUUCUCUUAUGGAAUUAUUGGUCAAGUGAUCAACGUUCCAGUCAACGUAGAAGACAUGGUAAAAUGCUUGCCCCGGCAUUUAGAUGAGGACGACGUCAUUAAUGUCAACAUCAAACGGAAUCUCGCACACAAAACAAAUUACAUCAGUGGCUACAUGUCCAAAAGGACAAUCAAAGAAUGGUUGGAUGUACUUCAAAAUUCAAGUCUAUAUCGCUUGUACGAUAUCAAAGUAGAUUUGUCAAGGCUGCAAACUGUCGUGCCACCAGAGGAAGAUUUGCAGGAUGACUCGGCUCAUCGAAUCGAAACAAUCGCCGCCGAGUGUACUCCGGAGUCAGAAAUUCUUGCUUCCAGGCAGCAUACACUACUGUGGAACGAAGAGGAUUGCCUCGACAUCGCACCAGGACAUCGGGCCAUGCCUCUGAACAUCAUUUACGACCGUCAUGCUGAAGAACUAUCAUUUCCUGCAAUAUACUACGGCCAGCCUCGUCGCUUCCACAUGGGAGUUUCAGUGACACCUUACAUGAUGGCAACCAGUGAAUUACGACGAAGUGACAGACGCGGAGCCACGCCUCAAAAAGUCUUGUACGUUGCUAUGAAGAUUCUACGUCUCCGCAUGGUGGAUGGCAUUUACAGCACAUUUCGGAAUGUGUCAACCACGGAAAACGUAACUCGACGCAUGUUGGAGGACCCGGAAUUUCUUAAAGAAUUUGUCGUUCAAAAUCUUGCCUUCAUGAAGUCAGUACCCAAUUCCGUCCAGUAUUGGGCCUCUCGCAAACGAGAUCUGUUUGCGAUGCUCCGUCAACUAGGUAAACCGACCAUAUUUCUCACUUUAAGUGCAAACGAAGUACGCUGGUUGAUAUUACUGAACUUACUCCUCAAAUUGAGUAACAAGUAUCCUGGAAAAGUUGCUGAAGAUCUAAACACGUCAGAGCGGUGCAACUUAGUGAGCGACGAUCCAGUUACGUGCUGCAUAUAUUUCCACAAACUCGUCGGUACAUUGAUGAAUAUGAUGAAGGCAAAACAAUCAUAUAAUCCAUUUGGCCAGUACUUUGUUAAAGAUUAUUUCUUUCGCAUUGAGUUCCAGCAUCGAGGAAGCACGCACACAUUUUGGUGUGGUUGA